AUGACGACGAUGCAGCCGGACCAGCGACGUGCGUCAACAUCGAAGAGGGGGGGGGGGAGUGGUUCAAAGCUCGACAUGGCCCGUCUUUGCGCUACCGUGCUCGGGGCCUCGUAUUGGGCUGCAGGACGGCGGCGCAGGGCUUUGGCCUGCUGUGCUGUGGCGUGGACGUUUCGCGACGGGGAACCGGUGAUGGGAUGCCAAACGUGCUCUGGCCGUGAUUCGCCGUGGUUCGCCGUCGUUGGCCGUCGAUGGCCGUCGUUGACCGUCGUUGACCGUCGUUGA